AUGAUCAUUCGUUCGGCCGGUCAGUUCGCGUCGAACAUGCUUCGGUGUACGAUCUUCGUCGUACAGCUGUUUGGUCUUCUGGCCACAUGCUGUUGCACCUUGCUAUAUCGAAAUACGUAUAACGAGGUGCCGACUCCGAUCGAUUGCAGUCAGGGUAAGAAUUCUACCGAAUGUAUAACCAGGACUAUGCAGCAUACUGAAAAUAGAAGGAAUGAAGUAUCGGGUAGAGAAGCCAGGAUGAUUGCGAAAGAGGAACUGAGGAAAGCUAACUCUGGUGUCGAAGAGGUUACUGGACGAAGAAAGAAGAACAGAGAGUAUGGACAGAUGUUGCUGUAUUUCCUAGGUGCGUCUAAGCUGACUAUGCUUUACGUAUUAGUCAAUGCUAUUGCUGCGAUUGCUGGGAAAGCUCUAAUUGUAGGCAAAGUUGCUCUAGUGAUUGCAGCCGCGAUCGCAUUAAAGAAAGCCUUUGAACACAAAGAGAAAGUAUCGUACGAGAUAAUCAAACAUCCAUAUCAUAGUUACGAGCAUAGUUUCAGCACAGACGUGGACUACGACCACCAGGGUGGAUUUGGGGAAUAUGGUUAUAACUAUCGGAAACGACGAAGAAUUUUCUACUAAGAAAUCUGAAAUAUUUAAUGUUAUAAAUAACCAACUAUUUUG